ACUCCGCUCCACCUCCGGCUCUCCACUCAUAACUCUUGAGCGCACCAGCAGAGCGCACGGACUGCAGCUCAGCGAGGAGUUUGUGGUCUGAGAACUUAGAGAAAAAAAAAAAAGCAGACACAUUUUACCAUCCUAUCAGAAUACUCGUGAACAGCUUUCUAUCCAGCAUUUUUGGAUUUAACCUCGAAGUUUGGACAAGAAUUGAAGGUGUUUCGUUUCCAGACACACUUCCAGCCUGACCUCUUCUUGCCCACCCCCCGAAACCUCCGUUUGACCCACCUGCUCCUGUCUGUGUUGCACUCAGUGCUCCCCAGACUGCCCAGAGAGCGUGCACAGCGCCAUGGUAACUCACAGCAAGUUUGACUCCGCAAUGAGCAGCAGCCCCUUGGACUCCAACAUGCGGCUGCCUUACCGUUACAAGACUUUCACCUCCAAGACGCAGUACCAGAUGGUCCUGACCACGCUUCAAAAGCUCCAGGACAGCGGCUUCUACUGGAACACCAUCACCGGCAAGGAGGCCAACUCCAUGCUGGCGUCAGAGAGCACGGGCACCUUCCUCAUCCGGGACAGCUCUGACAACCGACACCUGUUCACCCUCAGCGUCAAGACAGGCUCGGGCACAAAGAACCUGCGAAUCCAAUGUGACUCAAACUCUUUUUACCUGCAGACAGACCCCAAGAACGUUCACUCUGUCCCCCACUUUGACUGUGUCCUCAAGCUGGUUCAUUACUACAUGCCUCAGAGCAAAGGGAACACUCGCAGUGGGAGUAUCUACUACAUUUACUCUGGAGGGGAAAGGAUCCCUCUGGAGCUCAUCAAACCUCUGUCCUGUAGUUUGUCCACCUUGCAGCACCUGUGCAGGAAAACAGUCAAUGGACAUUUGGACAUUUCUUCGAAAAGAGACCAACUUCCUCACCCUCUUAAGGAGUUCCUCCAGGAGUAUGAUGCUCCUAUCUAGAAGUCUUGGACUGAUGCUCUUGAAGGGGCAAAGACUUAAGAGUGUUGCGAAGAAGCCGGACGGUUUCAGUACAGCUAUGUGAAAACAUGUCUGAGGAGUAAAUGAUGCAGCAGAGUCACGAGGAUGAAGCCCAGUACUGAGCUCGUGAAAAGGAGCAGAUCUGUACUGAUGUGUAGUUCUCACAGAGAAGGGGGCAUGAGUCUCUUUUAACAUUUCAAGAUAAAGAGACGCUGGAUCGAGGACUAGGAUGAAGAAGGCCAAGAGAGCACUGCUGUAAUCUGGUGGUAUGAAAGAGAGAUAAUUCCACCGUCUUCCUCUGCCUCACUGAUGACGUGAAACUUAGCAAAAACUGAAGUGAGGCUCACCGUCAGCUGUCUACAGUGUGGUGACACACAUGUUCCCCCUGCUGCUGCUGCUGCUGCUAAACCGCUGUGUUGUGAGGCCGUUGAGCUCACACACGUCAGCCUUAGAAAAUGAUCCAAUAAUUAAGGCUGGAGUGGCUUUUAUGAUCAGACUGGCUUUUCUUUUUUCUUUUUUUUUUUUCUUCUUUUUGCUGAAUGGUAAUCUUGGACAAGUCCAUCUCAGCGUCCUGGGACCUCAGGCCAAGUGUUCGCUGGACAUUAACAGACAAUGGAAACUCACAGAGUACAAAUAAGUGGAGACUGAUGGCCUUUCUGGGUGCAUUGUGCAACGACCAUGAUGUGAAAAGGCUAAACUUUUUCAUCUGAAUCUUAAAAGAUGUUUUUAAGAUUAGACAAUGUGGAAAGAAGGUGUGUUUUUGAUAUUUUGUUUAGGAAGGGUUUAUGCCAAAUUUGUCAGAACUAGACAACAGUUAGUUGGAAGACCAACAUGACUGAAUCUUACAGGGUUUUACUUGAGAAAGAAGUACCACUGAGUUAAGCAAAUAAAGCCUUUGUAUGACUUCAGUGGUGAGGAAAUAUAUACCAAAAGAUGUGGCAGUAUUUGUGGCACAGUCACUGCUUGCAAAUGAAUGUAUUACAUUUGGUAUCUCUCUUUUCCUAAUGAGGAAAAUAGUCAAAACAUGUCUUAUUUUCCUGAAAACCAUGUUUACAUGAGCUAAGAUGAAAUGAUAAAUCUGUUUGUCUUUUAUAAAGAUGUCAUUUUUUGCCAGCCAAACCACUGGCUGUGUGGAUGCUUGAAGAUAUUUGAGAAGUUUUGACGAAGCAAGCAGACUGAUACAACUUUGCACUUAUUUAUAUUUGUACGAACAAUUCAUUAAUUUAUAAUAAAGACUUCUAUUUUUCUAUGAAAUGAA